AUGAUGAAUGAUUUACCAGAUCUGAUCACCGUCGCCAAAAAUGGAAAUUUACAGGAGGUAGAAAAUUUGUUGAGACAAAACUAUUCUGUGCACAUUCGGGGCAAAGACGACGAAACUGCCCUCUACUGGAGCUCAUGUCGUGGUCACGUGCAAAUCUGUAAGACACUCCUUGACAGCGGAAGUGACGUUAACGCGCGUGUAGCGUGGGGAUCCACGGCGUUACACGCAGCAGCAGAUCGAGGUCAUCUCCAGUGCGUCGAUCUCCUAAUUAGACGUGGGGCCAGUAUAAACAUUCAGAACAAACGAGGGGACACGGCGCUACAUGUCGCAGCCUAUCGAGGUCACAUCGAGAUAGUUAGGCUUUUGGUUCGGGCAAAACCCGACCUUUUCAUCAAAAACGACAAAGGCCGAACAGCGGCUGAUGAAGCGGAGGGAAACAGACAGCAAAACACGUCAAAGUAUAUGUACCAACAGAUGCUACCUUUUAACCGGAAUCCCUUCUCUGACCACAACCAAGCGUCACCACCACUCAAUACGAAACACACUUUACCUCAGCGAUCUGUCCGAAGUCAACCCAUGUGUCGAAGUUCAGAAGAUAACAACAGCCAAAGUCAAGGGUAUGUCAGUCUUGGUAGCCUUCCAUCUCAAGGUCAGUUUCAAGGUCCAUCAAACGGAUGGAAAGAUGAAAAUUCAUGCGUUUCUUUUCCUGGAACUUCUACAGAAAAGGGAACAGUCUCAGACAGCAACUUUCUCCGAUAUCGAGAUGACCUCACAGGAUUUCGAAGGAGAACGGAACCUGAGGAGAGCAUGGAUGACGGAAGAAUCGAUAAUGUAACGAACAAAGAAAACAAUUGGACAAAACUCUGUAGGAGAGAGUCUAUAAAUGGCACCUGUGAUAAUGAUUAUGCGGAGGUAAUAAUGCGACAUAAGGGCCCGAAAAUUGCCCGUGAAGGAAGUGACAGGAUUAAUAGUGAAGAAUAUACGGAAAAAGUGUUGUCGGAGUUCCAACCUUGUAAUCCCUCAGCAUUCUUAGAGGAUAAUAAAAAAGGGGGCCUACCGUUACUAGGAUCAUGUGAAGAUGUGCGCUUGUCCCAUCAGUGCCUAGCUACUACCGUUAGACCUUCUAGAAUUUCUGUUGGCUGUGUGAGGGAAGUAGCGGGAAAUACCCAUAAUGAAUCUAUUGAGAGUUUCUCUGAAACACUACAGAUGGAGUUAUUCAAGAAACAGGAAAUGGUGGAAAAGUUGCAAAAAGAAAAUAUUUCUUUGAGAAAUCAAUUGUCAACAAUAAAAGAAAAACUUCACCAGUUUUCCAGUGCUUGCCAAAAACUAAAACACGAAAACGUGCAGUUGCGAUCGUCGGAGGAAGAAAGGACUAAAAAUGCGAACAAAUCUCAACAUUCUACCUCACAACAUUCUCUCCUUGGCUUUAUCGACUUUCUAGAUAAAGUUUCCAAGGGAGGAAGUGUUUGUUGUCAUAGCGACCAAAUUUUAGUAAUCCUGAAGGAAAGCUUACAUUCUCAUUGGUUAAAAUAUGUCCCUCCUAGUCAGUUAGAUGUGCCAAAUAAGGAGUGGUUUCCAGGGAAGGACUAUAGUGUGAUUGGUGUCCGGCCAACAAGUCUGCUGCUAGCUGGCCAAAAGGAAGGGUACUACUCUCUUGUGUUCCAAAUAAAACACAAAGGCCAACUGCGGAUUCUAAAGAUGAAGGUAAACCUCGUCAAUAUGGAGACUGGCAGUACUAGUCCGGAAUACAGUAUCGAACACUUUCUGACCAAUACCUUCGAUUCGGAACACCAACUUCCGAUGACAUUGAACGAACAUCUGAACAUAAUCAAGCUUAGACACAGUUUCACUGGACAAACAGAGAAAUUCCAAAAAUAUUUCAGUCUUGCCCCGGUAAAGUUUGAUUUGCCAGUGGAAAUAUCGUCUCGGACAACUUUUCUUGUAUUCGACCAUUUCUCAGAAUCCUUGAAAUCCCUCUGUACUAACUUCCGACAUAAUCACCCAGAGCCCCCAUUUGGUCUGGACACUAUGUUUGUUCUACAACUGUUGUACCAAAUGCUCUCGGCCGUAUACUUUAUCCGGAAAAAUGGUGUAAUUCAUCGCGAUAUCAAGGCAGAAAAUGUUUUAUUUGAUACCUGUUUGAGACCCGUGUUGGCAAACUUCGGGAUGGCACGUCUGACUGAAGGCAACAACUUCACAAACGGUGGAGAAGUUUAUGCUGGUAAUGUACAGGCAUGGGCACCAGAACUAACAAGAUGGAAGCAUGAAGGUCCACCGCGAAGCAAUGGUGAAAACGUGUCCCUAAAGGAAAUUUACAGUAAAUCUGACGCAUAUGCUGUAAGCAGGAUGUUCUACAGUCUUCUGCUUCCGUCGGUAGAGGCCAUUGCAUUUCCACAAUCGUCUCGUAAACGACCUCAUUACGAAAAUUCAGAAAUACCCGAGUUUCCCUCUACAUACCCAGCAGGACUAAGGUUUGUCUUACGAAAUCAAGUCUUGGACGAUCCAGUGGACAGAAUGACAGACCGCAAGGCUAUGUUAUACGUUGGGAUGUUGAUGUUCCCUCCAAGUGCCGGCGAGGUUGCAAUGGAAACACAGUCAGCGCAAUACUGCCAGGCUAGGAUCUUAAAGCUUCUCUCAUUUGAUAGCAAUGCAAGACAAACUGACAUACAUUCCGGACCACUCCUGUCGAUGUUGGAAAGCGUCAAUAGACUCAAGCCGGAAAUAGAAGCUGAUUUCCUGUACAAAAUCACACCUGAAGAAUUCUGGGAAAUUUAUCAAGACUUGAAACAACGUGAUUACUUAUAGACAUAAACCACUGGAUACCACGGAACUUUUGGUUCACACACACAUA